AUGUCUCCCUACCAACAUUUAUAUGGGAAGGCUUAUCACUUGACAAUUGAGUUAGAGCACAAGGCCAUGUGGGCGAUGAAGAAACUUAAUAUAGAUCUGAAUGAAGCAGUGGAACAGAGACUCAAUGGGUGGAAUGAGCUUAAUGAGUUUCGCCUAAAAGAGAAUGAAAGCUACGCUUGUUUCUGGGAGAACUCAAGUCCAAGUGGACGAUACCAUUCCUUAUUACUAGACUGUUUACAUGGACUGGUUGAGUUGGAGAACAAGGAAGGUGCAAAGUUCAAUGUAAACAGGCAACGAAUUAAGAUCUACCUAGGGAAUCUGAAGAUCUCCCAUGAAGUGGUUGAGGCAUAUCACCUUGAUGAAAUCUGA